GUCCUGGCAUGACCAGCCAACUCGUUCUCUUUAACGAGAAUCUUCAUUACAUUACAACAUUAUUGUCUCUCUAUGCUUUACAACUAUUAGGAUUGGUAAUAACAACUCACUUACUCGAACAAUGUGGAAGACUGAGAAGAAGGAAAGACAAGCAAAAGAACGAAAAAACGGGAAAGACAGAAAAGAUGAAAGACCAGGCCGCCGAAAACGUGCAAUUUUGGGAGUUUUGCACCGCAAGAAUACGUCAACUGAAUUUUCCCAAAAGGAGUCCAACACCGGCUUCACUGCCAUCUGGUGGAGGAGUGGCUGCUGCAUCAAAAAGCGCUAGAAAGGACUUAGAUAAGGCAAAAGAAGAGGAGAAGAGAAACGAGAAGGGAGAUACGAAGAAGGAACAAGAGAAGAAAGAAGUGGUCAAAAAGGACGAAAAAGAGAAGGAAGAAAAGAUAAGUGAAGACAAGAAAUCCGACAAGGAAGAGGAGCUUAGAGAAGAAAAGAAGUUUAUAGAAAAUCUUAAACCUAAACAGAUAAAACGCAAUGAAAAAGAAGAGCGCAUUGCACAGGGAAAAGAAGUCCGUAAUAAGGGUGACUAUCCUACGUUCAACGAUGUCGAAAGCGAUUGGGAUUCAGCUAAGGAUGCGAAAGAAAAGGGAGAAAAGGAGGAUGAGAAAAAGGAACAGCAAAAUGCCGCUGAGCCCCAUGAAGAGAAGAAGGAAGAGAAAGCAGAGGAGAAGGAAGGAGGCCAAAAGAAGGAGGAGAUAAAAGAUGAAGGGAAGAAAGCCGAAGGCGCCAAGGAAGAAAAGAAGGGAGAAGUACCAGCUACAAAGCCGACGCAAUCUGGUAGUCCGUACAACGGCAAAGAUGCGCAAAAGAACGUCGCCGCAAACCCACCUAAGAAAGAUGCACCAGCGAAGUGAAGAAAUCAUUUGGUAAAUUGU